GUACACUAUUAUAGAGUUCAGUGGUUUUCACAGAGUGCAGUGUGGUUUACAUUGAUUAAAUACAGACCUAAUCCCGGCGUCAGAUGGCGUAGUAAACAGUUAAACGUAAUGGAAAGGCGGUCGACAAGUUCUACACUGCAUCUGAUGGAUGGAGCCAACGACAGAAGAAGAAGAAUAGUGCUACCAUUGCAAUUGGUUCCCACUGGUUAUUCUGUAGACAGUGCCGGGAUGAGCUCCACAGUGGCCGUGGCGCCGCGGCGCGCCGCCGAUAUCUGGAGGCGCCUGCACGGACUGGUCUGCGUGUUCAAACCGGCCGGGUGCACGGUGAACCACUGCAUGCGGGUGCUGCGCCACCGGCUGGCCGCCGACCUGAACGCCGUGGAGGAGGCGCGCUACGCGGCGGUGGUGGACGGCCGGACCGCCGCCGCCGGGGACUCGGCGUCCCUGGAGCCGCCGCUGGUGGACUCGGCGUCCCUGGAGCCGCCGCUGGUGGACUCGGCGUCCCUGGAGCCGCCGCUGGCCGGCCUGAACCCGCGCCUGCUCACCGGACCGGCCUUACAGCCGGUGGACGUGCGCGUGGCGCGACUGGCCUCGCUGGGCCGCCACAUGUCCGGGCCGCUGCUGCUGGGCGUCAACAGCGGCGCCCGGCUGGCGGCCGCGCUGCGCGACGCCGGCCCGCAGGUGCGCGUGCACCAGGUGACGGCGCGGCUGGGCCUGGCCACCGACACGCUGCUGGCCGCCGGCCGGCCCACCGAGCGCGCCGCCUACGGCCACGUGACGCGCGGCCGGCUGGAGGCGGUGCUCAGCGGCCUACAGGCGGCCCACCAGCGGCUCAUGUUCGAGCACACCGGCCUGCCGGUCAACUCGCAGGCCGCCUACGAGCUGGCGAGCCGCGGCCCGGCGCGGCCGGAGCGCGGCGCGCCGCCCGUCAUCUAUGGCCUGCGCUGCCAACAGUUCGCGCCGCCGUUCGUCACCAUCGAGGUGCACAGCUGCAACGAGUCGAGCCAGUACCUGCUGACGCUGGUGGCUGACCUGGGCCGCCAGCUGCGCACGGCCGCCGUCACUGUGCGCUCGCGCUGCCUCCGACACGGCCCGUUCCACCUCGAGCACGCGCUGCUCAUGAAACACUGGCAGCUGGAGCACGUGCAGCGCAACAUGCGCCAGUGCCUGGUGACGGCGGCGCGGGGCCUGACGGCGCCGCUGUCGGCCACCCUGCAGCCCGUGCAGGGCCCCGGCGGCGGCCCACAGGAGGCAGCCGGCAGUCGGGCUGCUCGCCACCGCGAGUGAGGGAUUCUGCGUGUAUAUCUGUGUAUGUGUCGCAUAUCGAGUCAUCGAUAUGUCGCUAAUUGUGAUUGAACCUUUCUAUUAUGGUUAGCAGCUAGUCUCGAUACAUCAUCUGAUCAUCCUCAUAGUGUACUUGUUGCACUUUAAUGGUUUGCCCUUUUCCAGACCCUUCUCAUGGGCUAUAUACGAUCGAUUUUGAGUUGUUUUGGUUUUCAAUUUCCAUCAAAAUUGCUUGUAUGGUUAUGCAGAGAUAACGUUAUCGUGCCGAAUAUGAGCUCAAUUGUCCAAUGUUCACAGUCCGGCCACAAUUUCACUGCAAAUGAGAAGGGUUUGGAAUUUGCAUGGUUAUACCGAUGAAUAUACCAUUAACCAACUCAUAUUUUGUGUUGCACA